CACACCUAUAUAUAUAUAUAGGUAUACACACUCAGCGAGAGAAACGGGACACGUCGAAACGUAACAGGACUAUGGACCUGAGCCUGAGAGAUGCUCUGGGUGGAGGCGGAGGUGGAGUCCCAGGUGGGGCCCCUGCUGAGGCCCUGCUGAAGAAGGACUUAAUAUCCUCAUUGGAGAAAGAGAGCUAUGAUGACAAGGUGGGAGAGACGGUCUCCAAGAGCGACUAUCGACCCUUGCUGGAUGGAAAGGACACCAAGAGCGGUCCAGGGAUGAUGUCAUCGGGCGGAUACCAAGACGCACCUGGACAGCCUGCCUUCAGCUCUGACAACCUGUCUGGCUUCUCUCAGUCUGGGACGGGAGGGACAAUGGGGUCCAGCCUGCCACCGUUUCAGACCAGUAUGAGCUCCCCUUUCGGCCAGUCUGGGAUUGGUCUAACUAUGGACACCCAGAAGAGUUCAGGCCUGUUUGGUGUGGAAAACAAAACCACCAGUAAUACCAGUGGAAGCAGUCCGUUUAAGACCAGUGAUCCAUUUUCUUCUGGUGGCCCAGGAAUCCACUCUAUGGAUUAUUCCACAGCUCCUGUCCUCUCUCCCAGCGGCUCAAUAGAUGACAUCAGUCCCACAUCCUCCGCCUCCGAAGAGAGCCCCGAGAGAGCAGGGCCGGGGGGCGAGUCUGGGAAGCAACAGCAGAGACGACGCAAGAAGAGGAGGAAGGGCCACGAUGAGGUCUACGACUUCUUGGGUAGCCAGGAGAAUAACAUCGGCCAAUCAGACAAGCAUGGGAUGCAGGAUAAGGGCGGACAGGAGGCUGAGGAUAAUGAAGACGAGGAGGAGAACUGGGAGUGGGAGAUCAGAGAGAGUGGAGGAGGGGGUAGAGUAAAAGGCAGGAAGACUAAGAGUCGGGCAAGACUUCCAGAGGAGUGGGGAGCGCCCCAGCAGCCCAUGUCUCCUACACCGGCUUCAGUUGCUCCUACCUGGGCUACAGCUGCUGACUCUGGUCCACCUGACUUCAAAGCUCCAAACUCCAACCCCAGCCCUGUUUUGCCCUCUGCCUCUGCACAAAUACCCACAAGUUUCACCAACCAUUCCCAUGCUAGCCUCGUAACAGAUUCGUCUCCAUGCUCCUACGAGCCCAUGUGUGUAGACGAUUUCCCUGCGGCCGCUAAAGACAGGCAAAAGGCAAACGAAGAGAAAGUUUCAACCAGCAAACCUGAAGCUAACGUUAGCGUAGUGGCUAGUGCAAGAACCACUGAGGGUAGUUUAGCUGGGGAUGUUAGUGGUAGUCUAGCAUUAAUGACAGGGGACAAUCUGAGUCCAGUUUCCCAGACCUUCUCUUUCCUCGAUUCAGUCCUCCAGACCCCUCAGGACUCCACCCCUGACUCACAGACCACCACCCCAAUCACCAACACCCCUUCCCUUGCUUCUGCUCCUCUGACAAAGUUCGCCCCGAAAGAAACCGCCAUUCCUGUUUCAGAAGUCUUUUCUGUACCCAAGAGCACCCCAGACCUCACUCCUACUUCCACAUUGUCCACCGUCCCAGCCGCAGUCACAUCGGCCCUCAGUGUCGACGCCAAGCCAUUUGUCCCCUCAGCCACGCCCCUUAGUUCAGCUCUUCCUUGUAAGAGUGAAGUCCCUCCCACCUCAUCAUCAGACACUCCCCCCACAAGUGUAGCCACACCCCUUAGCUCAGCCCUACACCCUCCCUCCAUCACCCCCACAGCCCCUCCCUCUCUCCCUGCACACUCAGAGCACCAGGAGUCCUCAUCGCCACAGCUCCCCCCACUGGAAGUGAAAUCUGACAACAAGGAGAAGCAGGAGAAGACAGAGACCCUGUCCGGUAAGACGGAGAAGAUCGACACCUUUGACAAGAAAGAGAAAGAGGAGCAGCAGAAGAAAGACAACGGGUCGGACAAGAACCAGAAGUCCGAGAAGAUCCUCAAAGACGAGGACAAGAUGGAGAAGAUGAACGCGGAGAAAAACAACAAGGCCAACGAGAAGGCGGAGAAGGUGGACAAGCCGGAGAAGACCGACAAAGACGAGAAGAAGGAGGAGGAGAAGAAACUGGCUGAGAAGAAAGAGGAGAAGGGAGGGAAAGGCAACGGCAAUGGAAACGGCAACGGCAGCAAGACCCUGCCAAGCCCUGACAGCAAGAGCAAGGCUGACCUUGGUCCAGACAAACCAACCUCCACCAAACCACGCCCGUCAUCUCUCUCCACCAAUGGUGAGGCCACCUCGGCCAAACAGCCCUCCCCCUCUACAGCCUCGACCAAUAAAAAAAGCCCUAUACCGAAGGAGACCACACCCACCGCUGCCAAGCGACCACCAACACCUGCUGGCUCCACCAAGACUCCAGAAAAUGGUGAGAAACGCCCAUCGGUUCCAAAGGCCACGCCCACACCACGUCCAGCUGCCAGUAAGAACGGCUCCUCUGCAACUGCUGCAAGCAAAACUGCAGCUAUCAAGAACGACAAGGCUGAGAGCAAGACGGGAGAGGCCAAGAAACCCAAGACUGCAGCUCGUCCUCGCCCGGCCUCCACCACCACUCCUGGCACUCCGGCUGCCUCCACUAACGGUGACACCAGCACCAGCCACCGCCGCCGGGUCAUCACCAAACCCCCCGUGCCCAAGCAGACCCCGAUGGAGAAGAAGCCGGCAGUGCCCCGUGCUCAUCGAACCCCCCGGCCUAUCAACGCCCCAACACCGGACCUGAAGAACGUCCGCUCCAAGAUCGGAUCCAUCGACAACAUCAAGUACCAGCCUGGCGGAGGAAAGGUCUCCUCCACCCCGACCAAGACAUCAGACCCCUGUGCCCCUGCGGCCAAGGCCAGAGUGCAGAUCCUGAGCAAGAAGGUGGAUGUGAGCAAGGUGACCUCCAAGUGCGGCUCCAAGGACAACAUCAAACACAAGCCAGGUGGUGGUGAUGUGAAGAUCGAGUCCCAUAAGCUUAAUAUCAAGGCGAAGUCUAAGAUUGGAUCCAUGGACAAUGUGGGGCCGGGCAGCACACAGACCAACGGACACAAGGAUGAGAAAGCAGAGGAGAAGACAUCUUCACCCCCAAGUGGCGCUCCAACAGGACCAGCAGGUGUUGCUAAGGCAACAGCACCAGGAGCUGUUGCUAAGGAGAAUGGGGUGAAGGAGUCCACACCCACUCCCUUUGGGGGAGAUGGACUGAGGGAGCCCCUUAGCAUAGACAAGCGCAUCACUGAGACAAAUUGAGUCCCAGUGACCUGUAGAUUUUGGUGGGACAUGCAUGGCGCUCGCCGACCUGCCAAUCAACAGACCAACCAACCUACCACAGCGCAGUCACUUCCCUCCGGCCCUUCAUCUCGCCCACCGCUGCACCAAACUGAACGAUCGCCUCUCAGUGUUUCUCUCGGGUCUGCUUGCCGGCUUCCUGCUACCAACCCUGACCUUUGACCUCUCGACAUCCUCGGGUUGACCUUUGGCCUUGCCUAUAACAGAGAAGAGCACUUGCUGUUUGUCUGUGUUUCUCUGUGUGGGGUUCCACCAGCUUCAUGGCUGAUAAAAUUCCCUUGUAAGCACUGAUUUAGAGGACACCAUCCCCAAAUCUAACAACCCCAACGCAAUAAACCCACUCUCAUAGUCCAUGCUGUAUUGACUAUAUUGAGCAUAGCCAGGUUUUUCAUAGAAUAAUCACUGUUUAAACACAUGUACUUGUGGCCCAAACACCCUCACAACUCACAACUUUACUCUGGUCCAGCUUUCACAGUUCAAAACCACUUACAUCUUUCAACCUCAACCUAUGCUAAUGCUACUUUUUGCCCCACCUCCAUUCCCGGCCCGUGCCCAUUUAGCCCUAGACCACACUAACCAGCUGAGGGCUUGGCAGCCAGCAGCGGGGCAAAGACUGUCAAGUCUGCUUUAGAUCAACACAUUCCAGCCUCCCAGCCAACCAGCAAUCAUGUCCAAAUCUACAGUAUCCCCAGCACUGCACAGUGUGUCACUAUAGAUCAUUCAAAUAUUAUCGCCUAUUACUUCUCUUAUCGUAUCAUUUCACCAGUUUGUCUCCUUCACAUUUAUUAUAAUAAUGCUUAUGCAGAGUAGAGUAGAUACAGCUGAAGACAUUUGGAUCUAGAUCUAAAGGCGGAUUUCAAAGUCAGUGCAGAAAGUGAUGGGACGUCAGAUAAUUCCUAUGGUAUGUUUCAAAAAAAGAUGCAUUCAUUGACAGUGACUUUAAAGGCUAUAAUAAAGCAGAUGUGUUUGUGAUUAGUGCAUGAUAAUCAUCAAGGAAGGCGUAGAGUGAUUGGGGAUCUCUUUUGCUUCUCUAAGUAGCCUUAUAAGGAUUUGGCGCUGAUCACAGGUAUUUGAUAUUGAAGUUGAGAUUUUUUAAAGUUAAGAUGACAGUGUUUGACCUUGGAGGAGUGAACACAAAUUCAGGCUGAGGGAGUGAUUCUGAACAGGAGUAUUUAACACUGUAUGAUGAGUGUUAAAUCUUGCAGUUAAACUGCGGAGCUGCUGCACCUUUUAGUCAAGUAAUGUGAAAGCAUUAAUGCAAUAUAUAAAAUAUAUAAUAUCGUAUGUAGCACUUUUCUUCUUGCAGACAGUGUUAACCAUCAUGUCACAAGCUGCUGUUUAAAGGCCAGAGCUCAACACCACUUAAAAAUGGUGAAAUCUAAUGGCAAAAAUCACUUAAUUUCAAUGGAAUCACCACAAUUAGUGGUUUCUCUCACGGGGGUGAAGUGAAAUGGUGCAGAUUUUUCACCUUCAGUGAAACUUUGGUGAAGCCUCAAAUUUGCACCACUGGCCAGUAGAAAGCCUCUAAACAGUGCUGACAUUUGAGGGAUCAGAAAGCAGAGGAGUCCAAAAUGGCAAAAGCAAUUUUUUUAAAUCCAUUUUUAUUUAAACCCCU